AGGGGGGGAGGCAAUCCGCGUCCGUGGAGAAUUCACAGCUGCUUGUUGUCAUGGAGGAGCGAAGAUGGCGUUUCUGGCCUAUAGCCUGGGCAAGCGAGAAAUAAACCAAUAUUUCACCAUUAGGAACGCCAAGUUGAUAUCCCUCGCGCUCGUCGUUGUACUGGUCACAUCCCACACGGCUUCGCGCUAUUUCGGAGGCGGUGAUUCAUGUGACUGGCUUCUGUCCAGCGGACGUUACUUAGGGGAGAAUGUUUGGCAGCCUUAUGGCUGCAUGAUGCACAAUUACAAAAACAUUGAAGCCAAAACCUGCCUUUCUAAAAAGCGAGUGGCCUUUGUCGGAGAUUCCCGAAUCCGGCAGCUGUUUUACUCCUUCAUCAAAGUUAUAGAGCCUGGCCGAAGAGAAGAUGGGAAGAAGCAUGCGGACAUUACUUUUGAAGAAAAGAGCUCUUCUCUUUAUGUGGAAUUCCUGUGGUAUCCAGAGGCUAAUAACUCAAUGAAGGAACGUUUGGUAUCAUGGACACACGAAGGCUCAGCAAGGCCCGAUGUUGUCAUCCUCGGUGCUGCAACGUGGUCGAUUAAACUGCACGGUGGCAGCAGUGAGACUUUACAGCAGUACAAAGUCAAUGUGACCGCCAUGGCCGCGCACCUGGAGAGGCUGGCCCAGUAUGGAGAGGUCUACUGGGUCCUUCAAGAACCAGUCAAUGAGGAGGGGUUGAGAAAGGACAGGAAGGUGAUCACCAACCAAUUAUUGGAGCUCUACAACGAAGCCGCGGUGGACGCACUUAAUGCCAGUAAGCGUAACAGCAGAUCGCAGGUCAAGCUGCUGGCUGCCUCUCGCCAAGCGGCAGUGGGGACCAUCAACCAGUCAGACGAUGGACUGCACGUACCCGAAGGCGCCAGAAAUAUUGGAGCCAUGGUGCUGAUGAACGCUGUGUGCAACAAGCUCCAGAGACACAUCGACGGCUCCUGCUGCCAGACGGUCCCGCCGCCCAACCUCCUCCAGAAUCUCGCCGCGUGCUUCUUCGUGGGCUCUGCCCUCAUCCUCCUGGGCUUUCACGUCCUUGGCAACAACCGGCACCACCGGCCCAUGCCGCCGGACGUGGAGAGUCUGGAAGAGAAGAAGCCGGCGAGCGCAGUGGCCCCACUGGGUCUCAAGGCGCCGUUCCAGGCCAUGUGCAGGAUGGGUGUGAUCAUGGCCUACUUUUACCUUUGUGAUCGGGCCAACUUUUUCAUGAAGGAGCAGAAGUUCUACACGCACUUAACAUUCUUCAUCCCGCUCAUCUACAUAUUUGUGUUGGGAGUGUUCUACAGUGAAAAUAGCAAAGAGACCAGAUUACUGAAUCGAGAGCAAACCGAUGAGUGGAAGGGCUGGAUGCAACUCGUCAUCCUCAUCUAUCACAUAUCUGGAGCCAGCGCUUGCAUUCCUGUGUACAUGCAUGUGCGGGUGCUGGUGGCCGCCUACCUUUUCCAGACUGGCUAUGGGCACUUUUCCUUUUUUUGGCUCAAAGGAGACUUUGGACUGUAUAGAGUAUGCCAGGUGCUUUUCCGUCUUAACUUCCUGGUGUUGGUGUUGUGUGUGGUGAUGGACAGGCCCUACCAGUUCUAUUACUUUGUCCCACUGGUCACCUUCUGGUUCGUCAUCAUCUACGGCACACUGGCCGUGUGGCCUCAGAUCCUGCAGAAGAGGGCCAACGCCAGCGGGAUGUGGUAUCUUGGUGUCGUGGUCAAGUUUCUGGUGCUUCUGGGGUUCAUCUGCGUCUUGGCUUUCUCACAGGAUUUCUUUGACAGCGUCUUCUCCUUUUGGCCCUUCUCCAAGCUCUUUGAAAUGAAUGGAAGCAUCUAUGAGUGGGGUUUCAGAUUCAAGCUGGACAGAUUUGUGGUGAUGCACGGGAUGCUGUUCGCCUUCGUCUACCUGGUGCUGCAAAAGCGCCAGGUGCUGUCCGAAGGCAAAGGAGAAGCUCUGUUCUCGACUUGGAUCUCCAACCUGCUCCUCUUCCUCUCAGUCGUCACCUUCUUCACAUAUUCCGUGUGGGCCAGCAGCUGCAAAAACAAAACGGAGUGUAACGAGAUGCAUCCGUACAUCUCUGUGUUGCAGAUCAUGGCCUUCAUUCUAAUCCGGAACAUUCCCGGCUACGCCCGCUCCGUCUAUAGCUCCUUCUUUGCCUGGUUUGGAAAGAUCUCCUUGGAGCUGUUCAUAUGCCAGUACCACGUCUGGCUGGCUGCGGACACUAAAGGAAUCUUGAUCCUGAUCCCGGGCAUCCCGUCGCUCAAUAUCAUGGUCAGCACGUUCAUCUUCGUGUGCGUCGCCCACGAGAUCUCACUCAUCACCAACGACCUGGCCCAGGUGGUCAUCCCCAAGGACACUGCGGCGCUCCUCAAGAGGCUAGGGGCCGUGGCGGUCCUGGCCCUGCUAACCCUGCUCUGGGCCGGACACCGUCAGACCUCGCCCGGGGUCUGAGUCUCGCCCGACAUUUUUAAGCGUGGUACGGCAACGUGUCAUUCACUGAACACCUUUUGACUGCUGUGAUAGUUGUACACUGAAGAACAAUGGCAAAAAAAACAACAAAAAAAAUCCUCUUCAAAGGAAAACAGUUUUACACCUUUACACUGCAAGGGGGAACGUAGAGGACCCCCCCCCCCUCCCCCCAAAAAAACAGGUCCUAUCAUUUCAGAACUACGCGCUCCCCGCUGGUCUGAUUUCUACUCUCUGCCCAAAUCGACCACAUCACAGUAUUUGAUUUGAAAUAGUACAAUAUACAAAAUAUGGACCAACUAGCUCUGCUGAUCAAAACUCGGACGACCCCUUUUGCUAAUGUUUUUAGUGAGUAACCCUGUGCUAAAAGGUACUGUACUGUGGUCACCUGCUGUAGCUCUGAAAUUCUGUGAUAUGUACAGUAUUUAAUUAUUUAAAAUUAAGCUUAUAUUUUAUACUCCUGUACUUUUUGCGCGCCUGUGAAGUGAAGAACAUAUUCCAUCCGAUUGACGACACGUUGUUUUGAUUUUUGUUUUUGUAUGUUUAAAUCUGCCUCAUCGAGCUGUGGUAGAACAUGCACUGGUUGGCCAGCACAGCCAACAUCCUGCUCAAGAUCGACUCCCUUUCGACAUGCAGCUUUUCCCACUGACUUCAUAUAAGUCGCCACCAACAUGCACUGACUCGGCUGAAAAGAAUAAUAUUUUUUGCUUGUUUAUUAUUUGUCGCCUGCCCACUCCUUCGCAGGAUUCAGCACUUUUAAUUAAUGACCCUCAUUGCUGACGAUGAGUUCACGUGCAGCUAAUUUUCUGCACCAAAGCAGAUUUUGAUUACGAAAAAUCAUAUUUUGUCACGAUACAGAACGUGUGAUGCGCGUGCUUUACUGCAAAUGAUUUUGGAAGUUGCAUUUUGUAUUUGUAACGAGACACGACUCACGUGUCGAUCAUCAAUAAUUGUUGAGCCUGUCAUCACCCUCAUUGUGGACUCCACAUUUGAGAUUCAAGCAAUGUUUUCAUUACUGCUUAACAGCGGUACUUUGGCGCUCUGGCCUUAAUGGUUCGAUUUUGGUAGUGUAAAAGCAACAACUAUUUAUACUCGUUGAAAUAUGUUACACAUUUUUUUGUGAUGUGUUAAAAUGUAUCCAUAUUUAUAAAUGCCUUUAUUGUUCUGUACAUAACUGACGACAACGUCAUAAAAUGUGCAGUUUUGGCUUC